GUUGAGAAAGGCUGGACUAGAACCAUCUGCAGCUCAGCCAGAGAGCAGCGCUCUCGAACGGACCUUUCUCAGGACCUCACCGAAGCAUGGUUGUCACACGAUGAUAGGGCACAUAAGUUUUAUGAAUAAGCUGGAGGCGCUGCGAAGAGAACACCGCACUGCCCUUGGGGCCACUGCUACUGACCAGUUGGUUGGGUAUGGCUUGGUAGCCUUCAGUCUCAUUCUCUUUGCUUACUAUACUGUCUGGAUUAUCAUUCUGCCCUUCAUUGAAGUUGACCACCUGAUUCACAAGUAUUUUUUGCCACGAGAGUAUUCGGUGAUCAUCCCUGUGGUUGCGGGGCUUGUGUUGCUGCUCUUUAUAGGAACGUUCAUAGCCACCAUCACAUGGAAGAACCGGAAGACUGCGAAGAAAUCUGCAUGAAGGUGGCAAGGAGGAAGGAGGACACAGGAAAUCCUGCAGGCACUCUUGACAGCAGCAACGUGUGUGGGGUUUUUUCCACCAAAUCAUUUUUAUUGAACAGCAACACAUCUCUGGGGCAGCCCAGCCCACAAUAACUAGCAGACACCAGCAGCAGAUGCUAGGAAGGGCAGAGGGACUAGGCUGCUACCCUCAUCAACUAUGUCUGGGCAUGGACCAAAGGGACUCAAAGCCAGAGGCACCACAAACAAUGCUGCUCUGUUCCAGCCUUUUGGAAUACUUAGAUCAGUGCCCCAAUGUCCUCUUGGCUACCCCAGUAAAGAGCCUAAAUCUGGGGUAGCCAGCAAGAUGCUCUCCAGAUGUUGUCACACUCACCCCCACCAUCCCAUAACCAUUGGCCAUCCAGUGGUUGCGAUUCCACCCCAAAGUGAAGGGCACCAGGUUCCCCAUCCCUUCUCCGGAAGGGAGGCCUUGUCCAAACAGGUCUUCCUCCAUCUCUCAAAUGCUAUAGGAGAUGUCUUGGAGUACAGAUGGAGAACCUGUGGCCCUUCCAGAUGUUGUUAGGCUACAUCUCCUGCCAUCCCUGAACCAUUGGGGGCUGAUGGGAGCUAGAGUCCCAACAGCAGCCGCAAGGUGCCAUAUUGGCUACCUCUGGUUGCACUGCAGCCUCUUUUUGUUGACACACUUUUCCCUCUUCCCCUUCCUCCUCCACCUCCUUCAAUUCCAUCUCUCUGCCACCACCAAUCUCACUCCCCUUUCAGCUCUUUGGACAAUGUUUUCCUUCAGUUCGGCCUCCCCUAGUACAGUGCCCUGCCGUUGCUGUGGAUUACUACUCCUAGAAGCCCCGGGCAGCUCUGCUGCAUCCUGCGAGCCCCUUUGCUUGUCAAAAUUGCGAAAGAGGUCCUAGGAACACUUUCACAUGUUCACUGGCAGCAUUUGGACAGCCUGACUUUUGAAGCAGGGUCAUAUAGCUGAAACCGGCACUCUUACUGCUGUGCUGACCCAGAGUUGUCUGAUGAGUAAGCGGGUCCCACAUGAGAGCAGAGCUUUGCUUACAGCUGCGGCAUGUUUGUAUGUGUGCAAUUAGGGCCCUGCCAAUGUUGCUGUUUGACUCCCAACUU